AUGGUAGGACAGAGUUCCUGGCCGCCGGUGUCCCUCAAGGCCAGAACCGUCCCAGAAGUGUCCCCAACCCUCACCACUACCCAGGCCCCAAAACUCACCACUACCCAGGCCCCAACUCUCACCACGACAAAGAACCCAGGCACAACCCGCACCACUACAAAGGCCCCAAGCCAAAACCCUCACCACUGUGAAGGCCCCAACCCUCACUACUGUGAAAACUCCAACCCUGACCCCUACGAAGGCCCCAAUCCUCACCACUACAAAGACCCCGGCCCUCCCCACUACGAAGGUCCCAUCCUCACCACUACAAAGACCCCGGCCCUCCCCACUACGAAGGUCCCAUCCUCACCACUACAAAGACCCCGGCCCUCCCCACUACGAAGGUCCCAUCCUCACCACUACAAAGACCCCGGCCCUCCCCACUACGAAGGUCCCAUCCUCACCACUACAAAGACCCCGGCCCUCCCCACUACGAAGGUCCCAUCCUCACCACAACAAAGACCCCGGCCCUCCCCACUACGAAGGUCCCAUCCUCACCACAACAAAGACCCCGGCCCUCCCCACUACGAAGGUCCCAUCCUCACCACAACAAAGACCCCGGCCCUCCCCACUACGAAGGUCCCAUCCUCACCACUACAAAGACCCCGGCCCUCCCCACUACGAAGGUCCCAUCCUCACCACUACAAAGACCCCGGCCCUCCCCACUACGAAGGUCCCAUCCUCACCACAACAAAGACCCCGGCCCUCCCCACUACGAAGGUCCCAUCCUCACCACAACAAAGACCCCGGCCCUCCCCACUACGAAGGUCCCAUCCUCACCACAACAAAGACCCCGGCCCUCCCCACUACGAAGGUCCCAUCCUCACCACAACAAAGACCCCGGCCCUCCCCACUACGAAGGUCCCAUCCUCACCACAACAAAGACCCCGGCCCUCCCCACUACGAAGGUCCCAUCCUCACCACUACAAAGACCCCGGCCCUCCCCACUACGAAGGUCCCAUCCUCACCACUACAAAGACCCCGGCCCUCCCCACUACGAAGGUCCCAUCCUCACCACUACAAAGACCCCGGCCCUCCCCACUACGAAGGUCCCAUCCUCACCACUACAAAGACCCCGGCCCUCCCCACUACGAAGGUCCCAUCCUCACCACAACAAAGACCCCGGCCCUCCCCACUAAGAAGGUCCCAUCCUCACCACUACAAAGACCCCGGCCCUCCCCACUACGAAGGUCCCAUCCUCACCACAACAAAGACCCCGGCCCUCCCCACUACGAAGGUCCCAUCCUCACCACUACAAAGACCCCGGCCCUCCCCACUACGAAGGUCCCAUCCUCACCACUACAAAGACCCCGGCCCUCCCCACUACGAAGGUCCCAUCCUCACCACAACAAAGACCCCGGCCCUCCCCACUACGAAGGUCCCAUCCUCACCACUACAAAGACCCCGGCCCUCCCCACUACGAAGGUCCCAUCCUCACCACAACAAAGACCCCGGCCCUCCCCACUACGAAGGUCCCAUCCUCACCACUACAAAGACCCCGGCCCUCCCCACUACGAAGGUCCCAUCCUCACCACAACAAAGACCCCGGCCCUCCCCACUACGAAGGUCCCAUCCUCACCACUACAAAGACCCCGGCCCUCCCCACUACGAAGGUCCCAUCCUCACCACAACAAAGACCCCGGCCCUCCCCACUACGAAGGUCCCAUCCUCACCACUACAAAGACCCCGGCCCUCCCCACUACGAAGGUCCCAUCCUCACCACUACAAAGAUCCCGGCCCUCCCCACUACGAAGGUCCCAUCCUCACCACUACAAAGACCCCGGCCCUCCCCACUACGAAGGUCCCAUCCUCACCACAACAAAGACCCCGGCCCUCCCCACUACGAAGGUCCCAUCCUCACCACAACAAAGCACCAACUGA